AUGAAAUAACAUUAAAAGGUCUUGAUUAAAUCUAGAACAACAGCUUCAUUAUUGCAUUUGAUAUUUUAUGUUUAAUUGAUUAGUUUACUAUUACAUAAUGAAGAGGAGACAAUAAAAAUUCAGAAUAAAAAUUAUUCCUUAAAUUUAUUGCAAGCUUUCUCCUAUUUAAAUUAGAUUGGAAGACCAUAUUAAUUAUUAUUACGCUAUUAAAAUUUUAGACUUUUUGCAUUUUUACUUCCUACAGUAUUCCUAUGUUUUAUAUCAAUUGGAUUUAUCAAGAAUUUUUUUGUUCAUUAUUUAUUUAAAACAAAAUUUAUCAAAAAGAAAACCACUUAGACUCCUGAUUUCAACUCUUAAUUAUCAAUAAUAUUUUAAUUGUAUUUUUAUUUGUUAGCCUUAUACACAUUUGAUUUUUAUAUCAUUUCAAUUGCUGAAUCAAUAUCAAAUACAUAGAUAUCAAAUAUAUAUAUAUUUGUCAUUAGCAUUAUACUACUAUUCAAUUCAGUUUUGUUUAUAUUCAUUAAUAUUUUAUGCUCAGAAUCUAUUCAUUUCAAAAGUUCUCCUUUACAUGUUUAAUAAUUACAAAAAUACUAAUUUUUGAAUGUUAUAUUGAUCAUUUUUUCAAUGUAUUUCAAAUCUAAAAGUGAUGAAGGGAGUGUAAUACCUGUUUACAUUUUAAACAUUAUUAUUUUUCCAUCCUAUAUAUAUUCAGAAAUUGAAAAAUAAGUUUGUAUUUUUAAUAAACUCUCUUUAAUAUUAUUAUCCUUUGGAUUAUUUUAAAAUAUUUUCUCAUUAAUCUUAAUAGAAGUUUAAUUUGAAUACAGGAUUGGAUUAGUGUUUAUAUUAUGCCCUUUUCUUAUAAAUAUUCUAAGUUAUUAUUAAAAAACCAGAAAUUAAUUAAACAUCAAAAAAUCAAGAAGUAUUUAAGAAAUAUAUUAAAAUUUAAUUAUAUUAUCAGAUAAUAAAUCUAAAUAUUUAAGAAAACAUUAAUUUGAUUAUAUAAUUUUAAACUAAAAGAAUGAUAUAUUGAAUGAUUAAGAUAUCUUUUAAUAAGAAUUAAUCACAUUUAAUGAUAGAAUUAUAAAAGCAAGUAAAUCAUAAAAAACAUUCUGGUAUUAAAAAUAUAUUUUAAUUAAAUAUCACUAAUAAAAUUUUACAGAUACAAUUUCUUUGAUAUAUCAUUUCACUUAAAAUUAACUUUAUUCUGAAUCUACAAAGUAAUAUUUUAAAGUAUCUAUUUCAUUAUCAUUCUUAUAAAGAUUAUAAUUAGAAUUAAUUCAAAAAGAAGUAUAUUAGCUAUUAUAUUAUAAUAUUACAAAAGGAAAUGAUUCAUCAGAAAAUGAUUUAGCUAGACAAUACAUAAUUUACUCUUAAAUUGUUUAAGAUGACUAAAUAGAAGUCAAGAAUUUAUUUUAAUUAAAAGAAAGGAUAUAUUAGUAAAUGCUAUAAGGAAAACAUGAAAGCUAAAAUUAAUUAUUUAACAUGGCUUAUUCAUUAACUGAAAGAGCCUUAAAGUUUCUUAAGAAAAUAAAGCUUGACUUAUAUGUUCAUAAAAGUUAUCGAAUAUAAUAAUUACUUAUUAUGCUAUAUGUUGAUUUUUUUAAUAAUAUCUUUCAAGCUGAAAUACUAAGAUUUAGUCAAAUAGUUAAUGAAGAUAAUAAAUAAAAUAUUUAUGAAUAAUAUUCAUUCAUCGGAUUGUAAAUAUUGGAUGAUAUGGAAAAUCUAGAAAUUAUAUAAUAUAGUUAAGAUAUGAUCUCAAAUUUAGGAUAUUCUAAAGGUAAUAUUUAACAUGAUAAUUUUAAUUUUAAGAAAUUAAUUCCUACAGAAUUUUAUGAAAUUCAUUAAUUUUUGAUAAAAAGAUUCUUAUAAACUGGUUUUUGUAAAAAAUCUUCAAAACCAUAUGAAUUACUUAUUAAAGGAAAUUAAGAAACUUUCUUCUACAUUUAAUUAUAAUUAAGUGUUUAGCCUUAAACAAAUGAUCAUAUAUAAAUCUUUGCAUUUAUAAAAUUCUUAGAAAAUUAACCAAUCUCAUUAUUUAUCAAUUAGGAUAAUAAAAUUGUAGGAUUUACUAAUAAUUUUAUAAAUUAAUUUAAAUAUCUUGGAUUUGAUAAGAAAUCUCUUUUUCAAAGUGAUAUCAACAAAUUUAUAUCAAAUUUCAAAAAAUUACCUCAUUAGAAACACAUAAAAGUUAAAUUAGUUUAAACAUAAUAAGAAUUAAAUGCAAUAAUAAUUGAAAAAGACAAUUUAUUUGAAUUGUAAAUAGUUGAUGAUUCUGAAUUUAUAAUAGAUUCUGAUUAAGAUGUAGAUAAAAGUAUAAUUAAGAGUUUUUCUUAAAAACAUUUACCUAAUCAAGAAUCUUUUGUUAUAAUACCUAAUCAUUAAUUCUUUGAAGAUAUAAAUCUUCCACUCUCUGAAGAAAGAAGAGAUAAAACUGAUUAAGAAUUAUUAAAAGAUGAUUGUAAAAAAUUAUGUAUUGAAACAAUUAAAAGUAAAGUUUUAAGUGAUAAAAACAGUGAAUCUUUAAAAGAUAAAGAUUAGAGACUUUCAAAAAAUAGUCUUAAUUUAAAAUAAGAUGACUUUAAUAAUGAUGAUCAAGCAUCAUCAAAAUUUUCUAAAGGAUUCCUUGACACUGCAAUAUUUUAUAGUAAAUAUAAUUAGUUGAAUAAAUUUUUGGAUAAUAAGAAACUUUUAUUCAUCUAUAUUUCUAUUUCAUUAUUGUUAUUUGUAUUAUUAAUUAAUAUUACCUAUUUCAUCCUUUAAAUAUUUUACAUAGUGCCUAAUUUUGAUGAAGUUGAUAAAGAUGCUGAUCUACUUUCUAUUAAAUCAAACUUUUUAUCGCCUGUUCAUGAUUGUAUAACAUCUCAAUCAGCUUUUGUUAAUUAUUACAUGCUCACUAUGUAUUAAGUAAUUACAUUAGAAACAGCAACUAAGAAAAUGCCAUUUUCUCGUGAUGCUAUCACAAGAUCCUAUGAUUUACUUAAAGAAUCUUAUAUUUAAUAAUUGAAUAAUAGAAAUCUAUAAGAAUUUUUCUAUGAUAAAACCAUCUAAAUGAAGUUUCUGAAUAAUAAUUCAUUAGAAACAAAAGAGAUUCCUUUAAAAACAUCAUUAUUUUAUUAUUUAGAAUCUUAAUUCUUUGUAAUCUAAGAUAAUUAAAAUGUCAAUUUAAAUUUGUUAGAUUUAAAAGUUUCAAAUGAUUUUGUAUAUUUUAUGGCAAAUUUAUUGACCUUUGAUAACUAUUUUGAUUCUUUAAGUGAUGAAGUUUCUCAAUUUAUCAUAAAUAGAAGUUUAAAUAAAGAAAAUGAAGGAACUAAAAUAUUUUUAAAAAUGACAUUCCUUUAAUUAUUAUUUAUUUUAUUAGGAUUCUCUUAUGUUUUAAAGAAUUAUUAAACUCAUACAAAACAUUUUAACUUAUAUACAGAUAUUAAUUAGUAUGCUUUAUAAAUAGAAUUACAAAGAUUAAAUUAGAUUGAUUAGAUUCUAAAUUAGGAAAAUGCAUCAUAAUAUUAUAAUUUUGAAAUAGCAAUUUAUGAAAAGAAAAUUCAAUCAAAUUUAUCUUAUUAUAAUUAAAAAAUUAAUUAAGUUAGAUUACAAUGUUAAUAAUAUAAAGCACCAAGAUUUAAAAUUUUAAUUAUAUUUUUGAUAAUCACAACAUUUAUAUUAUGCCCAUAAAUAAUAUUAGAAUAAAUGGAUAGCAAUUUUUAUGAAAAAUAUCAAAUUUGUAGUUAUUGGGUAGAAAAGAUUUCUUAAACAAGUUCAGCUUUAAUUGCAGUUUAUUCAUAUAGGGAAAUUAAUUAUCAAAUAAGUGCUUAAAGUUCAUAUUACUUUUUUUAUACAGAUGAUGUACGAAUCUUAUAAAAUGAAAAAGUGGAAGAAGAAUUAAAAAAAAUUAAUAUGUUUAUUACAUAUUUCCCAUAUCUUGAUUAGUAAAUUUUAUAAAAUAUUAUUUUAGUGACUUAAUGAUUAUAGAUGACUAAACAAUGGAUUUGUUAGAAAGCAUACAAUCAGGUAAUAUUUGCAAUUUUAUGACUCAUGUAAUUUAUAAAUUCAUUAAAAUAGUUUAAUAAGACUUUAGCUUAGGAACAUUGUGAUUCAGUUUAUAAUGGAGUUAUGAAAUUAGGAAUCUAUAAUUCUAUAUCUACAUUGUAUGAAUUAAUUUCACAAGAAUAUGAAAAUACUAAUGGAUUUCAAGCUAAAUUACGUCCUGUUAUAGCAACUUAUGAAGAUAUAGAAUUAGGAAUGAUAACCGCUGAUGCUAUUCUUGCUAUUCUUGAUUCUCUUCUUGAAGGUGUGACAGAAGCAAUAAUUAAAAUAAGACUAACUCAUUAAGUAUUGAAUUCUGUAAUAAAUUAGAUUAUUAGUAUUAUAUAUAUUCUUUUGGAUUUAGUAUUAAUUUUUGUGUUGUUUACUUAAUACUUUCCUUUUUUAGUGAAACAACAAGAUACUGUAAAAUAUAUGAUAUUUUUAAUUCCAUAAUAUUAAUUUUAUUUGGAUUAGAAAUUUGAAACAAACUUUCGCCUGCUAUUAUUAUUAACCAAAUGA